AUGAGCUACGAUCCUAUACAUGAUACAUAUACGCCAGCAAUACCAAAAGAUCCACAACCGCAGCAAGUGCUGCCUUCACACACACUGCAGAAAAAAAUAGAGCAGCGUAGUGAUCCAUUAUCGAUAUCGAAUUUGGUCUCAGAGGAAGAGGAAAUUUCCAAAGAGGCAACAACUCCAGUUGCCAUUACUCCAUCUCGAUCACACAAUGCUCACAAGAUUCUGGCUAUAUCCAACUUGAUUGAAGCUGAAGUUGAUAAUGAUGGUGAUGAAGAUUAUGAUGAUACCGAUGUCAAUUCAACCAUUCUAGGUGAUGAUGAAGACUACUCUGUGCCAACAGGAUCCGCUAAUAAAACAAAGAAAAAGUCGUCGUCGUCAUCAUCAUCGAAAAAGAAGAAAAAGAGUAAUAUUGCCAAUUCCAAACUCUCCUUAAAGAAAGCUGAUGGAGAACCAUUUUGGCGCAAAGACAUUCAAUAUGAUAUGUUAACUGCACUAUUCGAUGAUGAAACUGCAUGUUUUACGAACACCUACCCCGAACUGAACUUACCUGGAGUCAACAACAACCCUAAGGUGACAUUUGCUGAAUUGUACAUUCGAACCUUGGCGGAAUCAAAUAAAAGCUCAAAAGUGUUGAAGGAAAAGUUGCUUCGAGAUUUCGAUUUGGGUAAAGCAGUGUCAAAAGUGUGUGUAUUGGUUAAUGCUGGCAGAAUGAAUACGACCAUCAAUUUUGUUCAUGAUAUGAAGUCGACUUUGAGAACGUACCAUUCAAUACCUUGUUUGCAAACGGGACCACAAGGUGGUACGAUUAGACAGUUGCAAGAUACCCCACGUUUGAAAUCAAUCAUCAAGGCAGUUAAUGAAGGACAAGAACAGAAAGUGAAGAGCCUCGAUGAGUUGGUAAAAUCGCCAUCUUCAACUAAACCCAAUACUGAUAUUGUUCAACUAUUAUUUCUACUCAGUGAGGCCAACAAUGGAAUACCAUUCAUUGAAGAUGAAAGUUUUCAUUUGUUGGACUUGUUUGUUAAUACCGAAGUGACACCUCAAAGUAGAGCUAAAAAGUUGCUAUGGUUGUUUUAUACCUUUUUGGAGACUGAUUUCACCCCUGGACAAAUUGCGCAGAAUCCAUUUGGUGGAGCUAGGAUACCUGAUGAAGUGCCAAUUCCAGAAAAUGCAGCUGAUGAGUAUGAUGUGGAUCCACAAUAUGAAAUUGAUUAUGCUGCUGAGAUGCUUCAAGCUAGAAAACAGUAUUUGAGCGAGGAUCAUUCGCAUGAUGGCGCUCAUGUGUCGCAACGAACACAAGAUACGCGUGCUGGUGCAACAUCGUCGAAUAGUGGUCCCAAAGUUGGUACAAAGAAAAGAGAAGCUAAAAUUGAAGACAUUGGUGAGAAUGAGGAUGGCGACAGGAAGGUGAGCAAAGUGUCCCCACCGAAAAAGAAGCAAAAGAAAGUCCAUAAUGAAACUGAAUUGCCGUUGUCGAAAAGUAUCAUUUGCUUGAGUAUGAGGUCACUGUCUGAUGCAAUAAGGGAAGAGGAAAGAGGAGAAGAAGAGGAAGAGGGAAUCCGUACAAGCUCAAUCGCCAACAUCGAUUUCCCCAUCACUGGAAUCAACAAAUCGAUUCAAAAGUACAAUAAACUGGAAAUUACCCCCACGAUUCCUGAUCCUGAAGAAUCGGUCGAAUUCAAAUGUGAAUUACUAGAAGUAACUAACCCUUUGGUGCAAGAAGUACGAACAUCUUCUAAGGCAAGCACGGCUUCAUUCAAUAAAAAAAUCACCAUUUUGGGCAAUUGGAUUUAUCGAUAUUUCAAGUACAAGAAAUCAAUAGCCAACAAAUUUGUCGGUUUGGAAUGGGAAGACAUUAGACAUGAUUUAGUCUCUGGAGUUGAAACGUAUUUAUAUGAAACUUUUGGUAAAUCACUAACCACAACCAAGCUACUUAAUGACUUGAAUGAUGAAGAAGUUGAAAGUAUCGGCGAUGGCAUUGGUGUUUCUGAUGAUGUUUAUUUCGAUUACAUCUCAGUUGGUGAUUACGAUAAGGCGAAUGAAAAAAAGUCAUUUCUUUUACAUUUGACCACUUUUGCAAACGAAUAUUAUAUAACUCAUUUGCAGGAGAAAUUAUCUGGCAAAUUGCAUAAUGCAUUGACAAGUAAUAUUACAUUUGAUCUAGAAAAUGAAACAAUGUCCAUAUGA